AUGACUAGAUGCGCCAGAAGCUUUACGCAAUGCUUCUUAUUAACCGUUACAUUCGCCUUGUUCUUCCUGUGUAACAAAUCAGCACAUGCAUCUGCUGGCAGCACAUCGUCGAACAACACCCUUCUAUGGGGCCCUUACCGACCGAACCUCUACUUCGGCGUUCGCCCACGGCUACCGAACAGUUUGCUGACAGGACUAUUGUGGGCAAAUACGGACAACUAUGCCACGGCCCAACACAACUUCCGGCACACAUGCGAGCAGCACGAGGGAAUGGCAGGCUACGGGUGGGAAGAGUACGAUGCUCGGAACGGCGGUCGGGAAGUCAUACACGAUACAGGGAACAAGAUCGAUCUCACCAUUGAUUUCGUCAAGGUGCCUGGCGGGCAACACGGCGGCAGCUGGGCGGCUAGGGUCAAGGGAGCACUUAGGGAGGAUGCUCCGCCGAACUUGGUCACGACCCUGAUAUUCUAUGCUGGCAUGGAAGGGUUGGGGGAGCUAGGGUUCAGCUCGGACGAGCCAGAUGAUCAAGGACGCGUUACUCUGCAUGGCCAAACGGCGGACCUUGGCGAAUUUGAUAUCACAUUCAAGGAUGCGACGGAGAACACAGUGCCUUACAAGAUCCAUCCGUCUUGGGACGCCAAACCCUUGGAUCGGACGUUGAUGUGCAGCUUGCCCAUACCUCCCGAGGCGAUUUGGCAAGCCAAGAACAUUGUGUUUGCCAGCAUGAAGCAGGAAAUCGACACCUAUGUCCAGGAAUACGGCGAGGGUAACAUGCCGCCGCCCUGGGCAGCGUUUACUAUUCCGCAGAAACCAGGGCCGGGGAAUUUCCAUAUGGUGCAGAAGGUGUUUGUGGGUGCAUUUGAGUUUGACAUUCUCUUCGAGUCUGGCUCGGGACCCUCCGUGUAUACGGAGACACUCGACAAAGCCAUUUCUGGCGUCUCGGACAAGUUCAAGUCGAAGUUUAAGGAGACAUUCCAACCUUUGGCGUCAUUCGACAAGCCCGCCUACACCACCUUUGCCGAGUCGAUGUUUUCCAAUUUGUUCGGCGGGAUCGGAUAUUUCUACGGCGAUUCGCUGGUCGACCGAUCUUAUGCUCCGGAAUACGACGAGGAAAACGAAGGCUUCUGGGAGGAGACGGCCGAGGCCAGGGCUCGGGCCAAGAUUGUGCACGACCCGCCAGCGGAGCUCUUUACUAGUGUGCCGUCGCGACCUUUCUUUCCUCGUGGGUUCCUCUGGGACGAAGGAUUUCAUUUGGUCCCGAUUGCAGAAUGGGAUCUCGACGUGACUCUAGACAUCGUGAGGUCGUGGUUCAACCUGAUGGACGAGGAUGGGUGGAUAGCGCGGGAACAGAUUCUGGGACCCGAAGCACGCAGUAAAGUCCCGGCGGAGUUUCAAGUGCAAUACCCACACUACGCCAAUCCACCAACACUAUUUCUCAUUAUUGACACCUUGAUGGACAAGCUGGCUGCGGCCGACAAUGUCACGCAAAAGGAUCGAAUCGAGUCUGAACUCCGGGAUUUAUAUCCUCUGCUCAAGCGCCAGUACUACUGGUUCCGCCGGACGCAAUUUGGGGACAUCAAGUCAUACGACCGCAAGGCGUUUUCCUCCAAAGAAGCGUACCGAUGGCGCGGCCGCACGCCUCGCCACAUCCUCCCAUCGGGACUUGACGAUUACCCGCGUCCUCAGCCACCGCACCCUGGCGAGCUGCACACCGAUCUAAUUUCGUGGGUGGGGAUGAUGUCCAAGACUUUGUUGCGGCUUUCGGUUCUGCUAUCCGAGACGGACGACACUUCCGACUUUGAAAGCCAAAGCAACGCCAUUGUUCGCAACAUUGACGAUUUGCACUGGUCGAACGACCACAAGGCGUAUUGCGACGCCACGAUCGACGACUACGAGGAUUCCGUCCAUGUCUGCCACAAGGGAUAUAUCAGUUUGUUCCCGUUCCUGACGGGCCUCAUGCCUCCGACGCACCCGAACUUGCCACACAUUCUGGCUUUGAUUUCCUCCGAGUCCGAUCUGUGGUCCCCCUUUGGCAUUCGCUCGCUGUCCAAAUCCGACGAGUUCUAUGGCUCCGACGAGAAUUACUGGCGCUCGCCUAUCUGGGUCAACAUCAACUACUUGAUCCUUAAGAAUUUGCUUGUUCUCGCUCAGUCGUCCGCCACACCGCCCAAAGUUAAGGCCCAGGCCACAGACAUCUAUGUCCAGCUGAGGCAGAAUCUUGUCAACAAUGUCUUUAACCAGUGGGAGCGCACAGGCUUCGCCUGGGAACAGUAUAAUCCCGAGACGGGCGCCGGCCAGCGAACUCAGCAUUUCACCGGCUGGACUAGUUUGGUCGUUGUCAUCAUGCGCAUGCCAGACUUGAGUGCCCAGGCAGGGGCUAUUAAGCAUGGCGAAUUAUGA